CUCUGAAAGUAAAGAAGAAAACGUGUGUGUGGGCGUCAAACCAGGAACAAGGGUAAAAAGUGUUUUCUAGUUGCAGUGAAAAUAAAACAAAUUCCGAAAAUUGCAUCUAGAAAAAUCCACGAUCAAGACUAAUAUUAAUACAAAUUGGAAAAAGUGUUAUUUCGAAUUAGUAGAAAUUCUAGCGUAGCUUUUCAAGUCCCCGCGUUCUGAUUGGUCAGAAUUUUGUAUCUGACGUCAUUGUCACUGCACGCAUGCUUUUAGUAUUCAUUUUGGGAGCGUGUUCGCUGUAGGCCAAUUUUUGCACGCAUCACAGUUCGAACAACUUUUACACGGCUGUUACGAUCCAUUCAAAUGAAUACUAGUCGUACAGUAGUAAUAAAGUAAGGUAAUAUCAGGCCUCCUCGUCCCAGAAUACUUGAAGAAUGAGAUGGUAAUUAGUAUUCUGAAUAUUAAUGAAUGACAAAUUUUACAAGGCACUCGCUCGUUGCUCGCCUCAAGCCAUGUACUGACCUUAUAACCCUAUCGAAAAUGAUCCCAAUUCGAGCGAGACUUGAAGCGAGUCUGUAUAGGCUUGUGAUCACAUCGCGUUCGGCAAAUAAUUGUGAACUAUUUCAUGGACAUGUGAUCCUUAUGACUAAAUAUAUAGUAACAAAUUUUUGUGUAAGAGUGUUUUGGUUCCCAAAAUGCUUGAGAGUGUUCAUAAAGAUAGAGCAAUUGAUCUAUCUUCCCUUACCUCGAAGUUGGCAACUACAGCCUCUUUAAUCAUAUUAUAUUGGCAACAGGCUGUAGUGUUAAAUACAAAAUCAAGCAAGUUAUUCCCAUUUCCUUUGUUUGCCGUCCGAUGGUAGUAAAUAUUGAUGAUAUUGGUUAUUUUAGGUAUCUUUUGAUGUGAAUGUAACAGCAACAUCAUGCAAACAUGGAAACAAAUCACAGUAAGAUCUUUUACCAGGAGUUAAUAUUUGUACGAUGAAGUCAACAUAUUUAGUUUUAGCGACAGUUGUUUUUGAAGUACAAAUUAGAACCAGUUAAGAACUAACUCAGUCUUAUACACACAGUGAUGAAGCAACUGGAGUUGACAAUGUUGAGGAUUUACUUGAAUUGUAGAUAGACCAUAGAUAGAUUGAUUAUCAUUGAUACUGGGGUGUCGAGAAAAAGAGGUCCGGGGCAGGAGGAGGUGAGGGGAAGGGUGUCCGUCCUCGAAACUUUUAUGUCUUUGAAGCGGCAUGUGGACCACUGUACAUGUUUGGCGUCCGGUUAGCAGAAGGCAAUCUGAAUAUGUUUUGUUACAUUUAUAGAUUUGAGCUGAGUGCAUCAUCAUUUGGUAGAGUGCAAGUUGAUCUUGAUAUUAUAUGCAAAUGUGAUUGUGAAAGUUUUGGAGUAAGUGUUACUCAACGACAAAUGUUUUUUACCAUUUUACGAAGGAAAAUGAUUUCAAUGUAAAUUUCGAAGAAUUGAAUCAACACCAAAAGUGUCAUUCUGCCGCAAAAAAGGUCAAAACAGUGACAGAAUAACAUUCUCCUUGAAAUUUAAGUGUUGCGUCUGGGUCUAGCAAUAAAACUGCAUGCGGUUUAUAUUAUACAAAUAAUCAAUGUUUACGAGGCGACAGCCGAGUUGAAUGGAACAUUCCAUCUUUCACCGAAUGAAAAUAUUAUUUCCAUCUUUCACCGAAUGAAAAUAUUCUUACCAUAAAAACAUUCAUUAUUUGUUUUGUAUAAUAUCAAAAUAGACUUGCUUUCUCAAGAACAGUUUAUUAAAACACCAUUUAAUAUUAAAAUAAAUACACACAAAUAUAACAGAAACUGAAUGCUUCAAAUCAUUCAAAACACAAAGAGUGCAAUGGAAUAAAACGUAUAGUACAACUGCACUGGAAUGGGUGCGAUGGAACGUGUUCAUUGCACUCUUGGGAAAUGGAUUUUCUAUUCAAUAUCACGUGACCAUAAACAGCCAAUUCAAACGAUCAGAAUUCAAUAAGGUAUUAUAUAACAUUAUAUGUAGCAUAUGCACUGCAUGAAACAUUGCAUUCUAUCUACUUCCUAUUUCUUGCUUGAAUCUCUUCUGGAACGUUUUUCUAACGUGACGACGUUUGUCUUGGAUGACGCCAAUUCUGUAUCAGAAUCAUCUUCAGAAAUAAGGAAUGUACAGGAGCAGGCCAGAGAACUGGCAGUCACGUGCAUGCAUCAUUGAAAUGUACGAGCUCGCAUGUGCCUUUUGAACUUGUGUAGGCGCAUUUCAGAAUCUUUUAAAAAAUUUGACAUUUUAACAAUAUUCAGCUCUCAAAAUCUAAAAUACGAUGCACUUUUACAGAAUUUAGCUGGCAGGCGCUUAAUAACAUUAGUGAGCCCUGGUCGGUAUAUACUUCGUGUGACCCCUAUUAUAAUUUAUCAAGGCUAAUCCCUAACUGAUAUGGACAUUACGUAUAUAGAGCAAAAUGAGCUCCAAUUAUUACGGUGCAAAACUGUGAUACACUAUAAUAAGGGAUCACAUAAAGUAUCUAUCCCCUGGUCGUACGACUGCCUUGAACUCACCGUGGUCUUCGUAGUGCUGACUAUGGUCAGAAUUUUCGUCAAAUUUUGAGCUACUAUAAGUUGACAAUAAUCAAGACACAAGGAAUAUUUUAGAAUUUCUGGGUUUGUCAGUUUUGUACAUUAGCCUACGAUCACUGAUUACGACGAAAUACAUGCAUGUACAUGCAAACUUUAUACUGCUAAAGCUGGUUUCCACGAAAAUAUAUGAAAUAUUUCCGUGUUGUUCUGUUUUGAAGUUCCUGCGCGUGGGAUACAGCAGCAGACUGGGCCGAAUGUAGUCCAUGCGCAAAUUUUUAACCGUAAUCUGUGUUCUGUAGUUGGCUAUCUUAAAGUUCCUAAUAUAAUUUACAACACUACCCGUCGCUAUUCUCCUGUAUUUGAUGACUUUGUAUUUCGAUAAAUUUUGAAAGUGGAAGUGUUUAUAUAUAUGCAAUGCACGUAAGCGUUGACUCCAUCAUUUCCAGAUCCCUGACAGUCCUACAUGUAAUGGCAAUGGAAGCUUGGUGUGUGGUAACUGUGAGUGUGAUGAAGGCUGGUUAGUAUUAAAUAAUAAUAUUUCUGCUAGCUAAAAAGUUAAGAUUGAAAAUGGUAGGUAGCGACGAUAACAAGGCAGCUGCCGAUUGAGAGAGACUCGUACAACUACUUGAAAAAUAUUGGCGGAGCUUCGACAUUUCGACCGAAGGCCCUUGGCCCUUGGUCAAAGAAAAGAUUUGUCAUGAUGUAGUGUUUUGUUAUUCUACAUUUUGGCCGAUAUUUUUCCAUCUUUCUUAAUUGCAUUAUGAUAAAAUUGACAACAAAAUUGCAAAUCCUUACGCACUCCUCGAAUGCCUAUUUUUGUUGUAGUUUUCCGUAUAUUUGUAUUAAUAUAUUUUGUAGUGUGAUUGACAUUUUUUCACGUGAUCGCUUUUAUAUUAAUUAGUAUAAAAGAUUAUAUACUUUUCCCGAUCCACGCUCGAAACGUCGAAGUUCUGCGUAUAUAUUUUCGUAUUAUACAUCUCUCUCAAUCCACAGUUCACUUUAACUGUUGAACUGUAUUUGGAACGAACAACAUUUACAAAAAGCAAAACUACUGCUGAAUUUGUGUCUAUAGGUUUCCUGUUUUAAGACAGCUUGCACUUCAGUGUACAGUAGGCGUACUGUGCAUGGGUUGGAAUGGUUCAUGGUUAUUUGAUGAACCUACUGUAGGUUCAAUGGGUUUACUAACUGAUCGGGCUGUGGGUAUUCUUCACAAAGUUUUAAUUAUUUUCUAUCCAGGAAUGGGGGACCAAUGAUCCCAUUGUGCUCCAUUCCUGGUUAUAUCGAACAAAAUACUUGGUUUGACCUAGAAAAUAGACCCAAUGUAGUAGUAGUAAUUUUACUUUUACCAGACAAGUUUCAACCGGAGUGUUUUAGAGUGUGUUUCUCUCCGUAGGUCUGGUGAGUUUUGUCAAUGCGAUGCUCAACAAUUUUCCGAUAUCACGACCGAUAAAUGCAAGAGUUCAAACGAAACUGGCGCUCUCAUUUGUAGUGGAAAUGGUGAAUGUAAAUGUGGUGUGUGCCGUUGUAAAUUAGUUCCGGUAAGUUACAGGGAACAGUGCAACUUUGGUCCCAAGGUGUCCGUUGUAUGGCUCCACUGUGUUUUUGUUGCAAAGCCUUUGAUGCACAUGCAUGAAAAAGAUGUAGUUGUUGCAACGUUCUCUACACUAUGUAGUGUGAUUAUUAUGAUGGCCGUUCGCACUGUCAUAUUCAGUAAAUUAAUUUGUCUGUUUCAUAACCAGCAUUGAAAGCAGGUUCGUGCUGACAGACAGGACGUUUCGAACACUGACUUGUGUGACAUGUUUUUAAAACCACAAUCAGUUUCAAAUGUCUUGGGACAGAUGUCACAAAACCUUUGACUUUCAACGAACGUCAAUCCACCCCCCCCCCACCCCCACCCCCGCCCCCUAUUCAAUGUUCUGUCCCAUUUCUCGUCAGAUUUGAUGUGUUUUGGUUUAAGAAACAUUGAUUGGUGUGGGGGGACAGGGAGUGGAGCGGUAUCGUGUGUAACAAACUGUAAUGUUGAGGGAGAGUGGAGUAUCUCGAAAGUACAGGUCAUAGAAUGCUCUGCGAACGAAGUAUUUCAGCUCGAUUUCGUUCACAGAAGAUCUAAUAAAACAUUUUAAAACAAUUAAAUUUCAUUGAAAUUCUCAAAGUUGAUAAGUAACAGAAUACGAAUAUAAUUUUUUAUGUCGUAUAGCUUUCUUAAUCACAAAAGUCUUAUACGUUGUUUGUUUCUAGAAAUUUCGGCAGAGUACAAGUAGGUUAUUUGAGAGGUUGUAGUCCGUCAAUAAAGAUAGGUAUCGCAAAUGUUUUACGCCAGAUAUGUCACACUUUCUGUUAAUUAUAAGCAUAGUAAUAGAACAUCUGGUUACUUUCGCAUGCGGGUAAUGGCAAUCUCGUACCCAGAGCAAUGCCUGUGCGCGGGCUAGGAUGGCAUUGGCUCUGGGGAAAUUGAAUUUUUCCUGUGCUGUGAUUGGUUUAACGUUUGUCAAUCGUGCAUGCCGACAAAGAACCGGAACCCCUAAAUUUAGGGGUUCCGGUAGUCAAUUUCCCCAGAGCCAAUGCCAUCCUAGCCCGCGCACAGGCAUUGCUCUGGGUACGAGAUUGGGGGUAAUGGCUGAGUCAACUGCUAAUUCGGGUACUCCGAAGGUAAAGAACGUUUAUUUAAUCGCUUAUAGUCAAUGUGACAUUUUACAUCUUCCUAGAGCAGAAUUUGCAGAUAUAAUUGUCGACGCAAAGCAUUCGCGCUCCUGAUGAAGGAGCACUCAGUGGGUAUGAAUUUCGGAGGCUCAUGAAAAGGGCGGUAGUCAUGCCCAGGCUCUGUUUGCCUGCGCCCGCUUGUGACUUCCUUAUAACGAGGGAGGGAAGGAAAGAUGCGACCAAAAUAGCCUAGACUUAUCCUUCUAUUUUUCGCCUUUAAAUGCAUUUCUUUCAAGAUUAAUCGAUAUCCCCAGCAAGAAUGAUACCGUAUAACUUUCAAGACAACAAUGCUUUAAUCAAAGAGCUUAAGCCCGUUCUCCACUAGGCGAAUUUUUUCGCGCGACGCGAAACGAAAAAUAAAUUUAGCAAUUUGAUUGGCUAGCGAGAUUUGAUGACGUAUUCCUCUCAGCGAAAACUGUCGCGCGGCGAUCGCUCAGAAAAGUAGAUAGAUAAAUAGAUAGAUCGUUUAUUAAGAAUUAUAACCUUGAUUUUACAGCAAAGAACUGAAUUUAAAAAGGUUUUACAUAUAAAAUGCUAGAACUACUGUGGUCAUUAUACCGUCCAGCGGCUGCAAUUAUAAAGGAGUUUUUGAAACGGUCCAUUUUACAUAUAGGUAUAGUGAAAUUUCUUUUGUUCCUUAAUUUGACGAAGAAAUUACGCUCAGGUUAUAAGGCAGAAGCCCAUGAUGUUUAUCAUUUGGGUUCAUUACAAUUUUGUUGAAAAAUUCAUCACAAAGAUGACUACGAUGAUCGGAGAGUUUAUGCAGUUUCGACAUUACCAACGCUUCAGAAUACGGUACAUCGUAACCAUAUAUGAUAUUCAAUGCUCGUUUCUGAGUUCGUUCCAGCAUAACGUUUAAAAACUCGGGGAGGUUAAAGUGGAACACUUGGCAAGAAUAUAGUAACAGUGAACGGAUACAUGUCACGUGGUCAGCAGGAUCGUGGUCAGUAGGAUCAUGUUCAACUUUUUCGCUCGAACAGGGGGCGAUGAAACGAAUUGACCAAUCAGCUUGCGCAAACAGAGAAGCAAAAAUUUUUGAAGAAGCAUAAUUUUGACAAAACAUGGAGAACGAAAGUUUGACAAGUGUAUUGGAAAAUUUAGACGUUGCAGCACUUGAACAGCUUUUGCAAGCUAGAAGAGCAAAUUGCGAUGAGAAUGCGGAAACUCAAGGGAAUGCCGACGUGUCGGUAGUGCCCCAACUAGAGUCUGUCGAGUUUGACAAGGAAUUCUUUAUUGAAGAAAUAAGAACGCUGAGUUGUUUGUGGGAUACAUUAAGUAAUCCGUCGUACAAGGACCGGACGGUUAAAGCAAACUCGUGGAAGAAAUUGUCCCACAUUUUUGAAAAAGACGGUAAGCCAAUGAAUUCUUACAGUAAACCGCACUUCCGUCCGAUACGCCGAUAACUCAAAACACAUCAAUAUAUGUUUUGGUGUCCAUAUUGUUUCGAAGUAUGAACCAAUUUAUAAAUGUAUAACUAUGAAAAAGAUUGCUUAAAAGCGAACACAAUUUUGUUAUGUGAACCUUGAGGAAUGUCCACUCAAGACUGAUGCUGUGAUGCAUUGCCAUUGGGUGUAUUUUUAUAUUAAAGCUAAGUAUUAUUAAAUUCAUUGUUGUAUUUAACUUGUAUUUUAUCAUUCAUUUACUGGCCCAGUACUGUUUACCCAGAGGCCAGAGCAAUGUAAAAUAACAACAUAAUAUUUCAGUUAAAAAAACCUUAGUGGAAUCAUUAGAAGACUUUUAAAUCUUUAAAAAGAGUCUUGUAAAAAUUUAGUUAGAGCAACAAUAUAGUUUCAUAAACAUGCAAGUAAUAGUUUCAUAAACAUGCAAGUGGUUUUUGUUUGUUUCCAUAUUUUUAGUUGAGUUUCUUCAAAGGUAAUUAAAAAACCUAAAAGACAGCUUAAAGAAAUGCCUGGAUAAAAGGUCAAAGAUGACUAGAUCAGGGGCAGCCGCAUCGUCUUUGUCAACAUGCCGCUAUUUUGAGCAAAUGGCUUUCCUGCAUCAGAGUGUUGGAAAUAGGCCUACAGAAAGUAAUUUAAGUGCUUUUGUUGCACCCAUCUACAGUUUCAUCACCAUCUGAAGCAAUAACAAGCCAGUGUACACAACCAGGAGAUGCACCAAGAACACCAAUACAACAUUUACAAUCUGGAGACAAGAGGCCAAUAAAUUCAAGUAUGAUGAUGAUGAUCAACUUUAUUUAAACACACUAAUCUUUUCAACACACGCUGAUUUCCAAAAGAGGUG